AUAAAAUAAUAUGUUGCUAAAAUAAUUUUAUUUAUAACUUAAACAUGAAGCAAUAAAAUAUUUAUUUUAAGGCUAAAGAAAUGCAUUGCGUCUGAACUUGGUUUCCAAACGAAAUCGUCAAUAAAUGAAAACAGCUGAUCGCAAAACAUAACCUAACAGUUUGUACUAUAAUCUUAUUGUAAUUGAAGUAAACAUAAUAAUAGUAUGUAAAUAAACUAUUAGAAAUGUGUUCUAUAUUAGCAAAGCGUUUUAUUUUCACACCUAAUCGUAAUUUAUUUAAGUGCAUAAGUACUAAAAGUCCAAGAGUUCGUUUUGCGCCAAGUCCAACGGGUUAUUUACAUUUAGGAGGAUUACGAACUGCUUUAUAUAAUUAUUUGUUUGCUAAAUCUCGCAGUGGUACCUUCGUAUUGCGUAUAGAAGAUACGGAUCAGACGAGAAAAGUAGAAGGUUCGGUUGAAGCAUUGGUGAACGAUUUGCAAUGGGCGGGUAUUGAAUGUAACGAAGGACCAGGAAUAAAUGGGCAAUAUGGUCCUUAUGUACAGAGUGAAAGGCUCAAUAUUUAUCAGGACCACAUACAAAAACUACUUGACAAUGGUUCAGCUUACAAAUGUUUCUGUACGGAGCGCAGACUGAACAUUUUACGCAGAGACGCAGUGAAGUCACAGCGGAUACCUAAAUAUGAUAACAGAUGUAGGAGUCUGUCGCCCGAGGAAAUCAAGCAGAAGAUGGAUGCUGGUGUUCCAUAUUGUAUUCGAUUUAAGCUAACAUCAGACUGCCAAUACUUCGAAGACUUAAUCUUCGGCAGUAUCGCCUACGACGUGUCCUUGAACGAAGGAGAUCCAGUGUUAAUGAAGAGUGAUGGUUUCCCAACCUAUCACUUCGCGAAUGUGGUCGAUGACCAUUUGAUGGCCAUUACCCAUGUGUUACGAGGUGUUGAAUGGCAGAUCUCUACUACCAAGCAUUUGCUUAUUUAUAGGGCGUUUGGAUGGAAACCACCACACUUUGGUCACAUGCCGCUGAUCGUGAAUGCGGAUGGCACUAAGCUUAGCAAGAGACAGAGCGACGUCAAAGUUGAAGAUUAUAGGACCAACGGAAUAUUCCCGUUGGCGCUGGUGAACUACAUAACGUUGUCUGGCGGAGGGUUUGAGCAUGUGUCUGGCGCGGGCGUCAGACUCAAGACUAUGGACGAGUUGGCUGGAGAGUUCCAGAUAGAGAAAAUAUCAUCACAUCCAAGUCGACUGAACCCCGACCUAUUAGAAGAAUGCAAUCGCUUAGAAAUCAAACGGAGACUAAAAAACGAAGAUCAAGCAAAAAGCCUAGUAUCCAAACUACAAGAAUUAAUAACAAAAACGUAUCCGGAACACAAUUUGAAUUUGACAGAAGAACAUGUCAAAACCGUUUUAAAAUGGUCGGCGUCUCGGAUUUCAAAAAUAGAAGAGUUGACUUCGAAAAAGUACGGAUUUCUAUGGAUAUUACCUAAAAAUACAGCAAAGGUUGACCAGGAAUUGUUAAGGAAAUUAGUGGAAAAUUUGGAACGGUUGGAGAAAUUCGACCAGGGUACUUUGAAGGAGAGUUUAAGGAGUUUCUCAGCGAAGAAUGAUGUGAAGUUCCCGGCUUUGAUGAAGAUGCUUCGGUCGGUUAUAAGUGGGUUGGAUGAGGGUCCAGGGGUGGCGGAGAUGAUGGAUUUGUUGGGCAAGAGUCAGUCGUUAGAAAGAAUUAAAGCUGUAGUACGAUACGCUGUUGUUUUAUUUUACUGA